GGGUGUCACAACCGCUGGGAAAGAGCAAGUGGUGUGGCGGCGAGGCGCAUGGGCAAUGCAGAACCCUGCCCCGCCUACGGAGGGUCGAGGCACAACAAGUGGGUAAUGCGGAGAAGAAGGGAAUCUGGUUCUACGACUCUACAAGGAGAGGGCACAUGGGUGGUGGCCGUGCGUCGUGCCUGUCUGCCCUGAGGGCUGCCUGAUUUGCUCGGAUCUGCGGUCUGCCUGCCUGUGCGUACAACAGACAGGGCCAGUGCCGCCGGCAGAGUGGUAGACAACAGACUGCCAUGCGUGCCUCACGUUGUAUCCAUGGAGAUGAGGACGACAUUGCCUCCAAGUCUGCUCCACCGGCAUCCAUCGACGGUGCAAGAUCCAGCAGAUAGAUUGAUGGCGAAGAGGACGACUCCAUGUCCAGGCGUACUCCCCGCCUUGCAUCGACAUUGCAGUUUCCGAGCGGAUCCCAGUUUCCGGUCGAUCCGGCCGCGUAGAUAGGAGAUACGACAGCUAGAGGACUGGCUCAGGGAGGUCGACAGCCGCCUCUGCGUCCGCCGCCACGCCCACCGUGUCAUCCCGGCCCUUCCCAUACGGCCUCGCCUGCGGGAGGACCGAGGUCCCUUGAUACCAACAACGGCGGCCUCCUUGGGGUAGCGCUCCCCGUUAGGCAUGAGUAGGGUGAGCCAUCGCCAUCUUGGCUGUCUUCAAUGCCUGGAGCUCCGCGAUACCGCCGGGCACUAGGGCAUAAGCGAGCGCCGCCGGCCUCCGUAGGCCCACCCGCCCUUCUCCUGUACCUUCGCCACCUGGCUCCGACGAGCGCACCCCACAACGGUGCUGCUCGCCGAAUCCGAGGUGGAGGCGCCUGCGCUGUCGACGGAGCUGUCGAGCCUGUGGUGGUGUGGCUGAGCCUGCCCUCCUAUGGGCUCACCGACAUGCUGUCUCGGCCUUCAGGAACCUCACGUUCCUGCAGAUGCUGAACCUGAGCUAUGAUUGGUUCCGUGGGGAGGUCCUGGCGACCAUCGGCCGCCUUGCGCAUCUGCAAGUGCUAGACCUGAGCUACAACGCCUUCUCCGAAGCAACAGGUGAGCUCAUUGAGCCCUCAAUGGUAGGUGGCUGGACCUGGUGGACCGAAGAUCCUGAGCCAUUCUGCAUACCAGCACAUGGGCGCAAUUCCACAGCGCCAACAACAAACUCCUUUCCAUACUUGGUGGUAAUAAAUUACGGAGAUGCAUUAGCUCAGGAUAAACAAUGCUCCAUAGAUCAUGAAGCAGAUGCUCCCGCCACCUAAGGAUUUGGAGAUUGCUAUAGUGCAAGUAGAGUGUAGUGAUUAUGUAGCUAUAGUGCAAGCAGAUGCCCCCGCCACCUAAGUAGCUUCUUUGGUGUACACAAAAUAAUGUUCAAAGGCUACAAGCAUUAGCCGGGACAUAGUCCAAGCCUGAUACAAGAAAAGUGUCACUUAACGUUAUGCCCAACAUUGUUUUGUUUGUGCUACGAGCUGUAUAACUAUUUAAGCAAUUAUGUAGCUAUUUUUAUUUCAGUUUCA